AUGACCGGAGCACGAUCGAAUGUGACGCAUCGGGGCCACAACCAAGUGGUACAGUGUUGGCUCACAAGUGGCACUGGAACAGCCCCACCGAAUGAGUCGAGGCCUCAGGGGAUGCUUUCGGUGCGCAGCACGAUCGAAUAUGAUGCGGCACAACAAGUAGAACAAGUAUUGGGUCCACAAGCGCCACGAAAACAGCCUCACCGCCAACUUGAAUGGGUCGAGGCGCCAUGGGAUGGUCGCGACACGCGUACAGUGGGGCCCUGGAGCUUUCAGGGCGCAGUCUAGAGAGCGGCGAGCCGACACCCACUUGCCUGCAUCCUAAGAGCUUAAUUAAAAGCUAAUCGCUCCCCUUGAGGAACGGGAUGACCGUCGUGAAACGUCGUGGGACCACAGCGGCGCUUACCGCGGGCCCUCGGUACGAAGCGAUCGCUGCAACUCGUGCAUGAUUACGACUUACAUAUGAGGUCCUAUAAGUCAGCAAGCAGGGGUCGUACUAAUUCUCUCGCCGUCAUAACCAGUCUGGGUCAUGCCAACGCGCAUGCUAGAAUUCGCGGUUGACAUCGGAUUAGACUAAAUGCUAGGCAGAAUCCAGCCUCUACUAUUACUAAAGUAAAUGCGUAUAUCAUAUCCUUCCAUAAUCAGGCGGAGGCCCCGUGGCUCUGAGUAUCAGGGGCUCACACGUGUAUUGCGCACUCUCCGUCCACUUGUCC